GGGUUCUCACCAGAAGGCUCGCGGCUCUUCUCACCGCUCGACGAACAGCGUUUUUGUGCAACGAAAAGACAAAAGUGUGGUUUGCGGCCAUCAGAGUCAGGAAUUCAGAUUAAAAAAACGCACUAUUUUGACCAGUUAAUCUAGAAAAGUAUCUUGCAUUUGCAAGUAAAUCGUAGUUUCCACAAAUAAAGAUUGUAUACAGUGAGAUCUGCGUUUGUUUUUUGAAAAAUAGGAAUUCACUUUUGCGUCUGCUAGCGGUGCUUGUUCCGACGGUGAAAAUACGAUUCAGUUUUUUUGCAUCACAAUUUAUCAACACAUCGACAGCUUUCGCGUUUUCUACGAAAAUACGGGAUUAGAAAUAUUGUGGAUAUGGCUGACGUAAAUAUGGAACCGGUGGAAAACAGCAAACCCACUUCAUCCUCACCAACAUCAUCUUCCACAACGGCGUCCAGUCCCAACGGGAACACCGAUGGUGGUGUUGACAAUGGGGGCGAUCUUGCGACAAACGCAGAGGACAUGACAUCGCGAGAUUAUUAUUUUGACUCGUACGCACAUUUUGGCAUCCACGAAGAGAUGCUGAAGGAUGAAGUCCGAACACUAACCUAUCGUAACGCCAUGUACCACAACAAGCAUCUGUUCAAGGGUAAAACCGUACUGGACAUCGGUUGUGGUACAGGUAUUUUGUCCAUGUUUGCUGCUAAGGCGGGUGCCGCUAAGGUGAUUGCUGUGGAGUGCUCGAACAUUAUCGAUUAUGCACAGAAGAUUGUAGAGGCGAACCAUUUGGACGCGAUAAUAACGUUGGUCAAAGGAAAGGUGGAGGAAAUUGAGUUACCUGACGGAAUCCAGCAAGUCGAUAUCAUUAUCUCGGAAUGGAUGGGCUACUGCCUAUUCUAUGAGUCAAUGCUAGACACGGUAAUCUACGCACGUGACAAGUGGCUCAAGCCAAAUGUCGGUAUGAUGUUCCCAGAUCGGUGCACUCUGUUUGUGUCCGCCAUCGAAGACCGGCAGUAUAAGGAUGAGAAAAUUAACUGGUGGGACAAUGUGUACGGUUUCAACAUGAGCUCGAUUCGGAAAGUGGCCAUCAGUGAACCGCUGGUGGAUGUGGUCGAUCCAAAGCAGAUUGUUACCAGUUCGUAUCUCGUUAAGGAAAUUGAUUUGUACACCGUCCGCAAGCAAGAUCUCGACUUUGAGUCACCGUUCCAUCUGAUCGUAAAACGAAACGAUUUUAUUCAAGCUCUGAUUACGUAUUUUAAUGUUGAGUUCACCAAGUGUCACCAGAGACUGGGUUUUAGCACUUCGCCCGAGUCGCCAUAUACACACUGGAAGCAGACAGUAUUUUAUUUUGAUGAAUAUCUAACGGUGAAGAAGGGUGAAGAGAUAUACGGAAUGUUCACAAUGAAACCGAAUGCAAGAAAUAAUCGGGAUCUGGAUUUCAUGAUAGACUUGCAUUUCAAGGGAGAACUGUCACAGGUGAAUGAAAAGAAUCACUAUCGGAUGCGUUAGAAGACACAGUCGUUCGUACGGUGGAAGAAUUUUAAAAUAAGGUUAUAUAGAAAACAUACUAGAUAUCAUUAAAUGACCCCACCCAACAGGCAAAAAAUUUACACUGAACAAACCUCCUAGCAGGAGUAAAAUUUUAUUAGUUUGUAUUCUCUUCGAGUUGCAAAAACCUUUUCUUGACAGACCAUUUUUCUAUGUUAUUGUUUAAUCGAUCAGCCAAACAAAACACUUCAAAGUGGCAUAAAAUAAGCAGUAAUAAGUCAAAAGCAUUGAAUGCCAAACAAUUCGAACUAAAAUUAACCGAACAGUUGACAAGGACCGACCGUUGUUUUAAAUUUAAAUAAACCUAACAAUAACAGUACCGUGUAAAACGCUUUGCAACGUAAUUUGAUUGAAUCCACAAUGUAAUACCGUUUUCAAGAUAAACGAAAAGUGGAACCAUU